AUGUAUACCCCGCCGCGUUUGAGCCAUGAAGUCUCAUGGCUGAGAGACCAGUCUCCCGUCCAUGUUGAGGCGCGGACACCUCAACACUCCAAAACACCAGAAAACGGGACUCCAACUUUGGUGAACCCUGCUUCUACUUUAUUGCAGGAUCUCUUAAAAGAGCAGCGUGCCCACCGUGGUUCUCGAGGAAUUAUAUCAGAUGAUUGGGUCGAUAGCGCACCGCGAACACCCGAAGGCCCGCGAGGACAUGAAGGAACCGAGUCGGAAAAUCCCCGGAAAAUCAACGAUGUGUUCGCCGCAGGGCUGCGGCAACCGAAGGAGAUGGGUAUGCGAGAGAUGGAUCAGUACGUUUCAAAAAUGAACAAGUUGAAUUUCGACUUGAAAUUGGAGAUCUUCCACCGCACGCAGCAAAUGAGCACGUUGGAGAAGAAAUUGGCGCGCAUGCAGGAGAUGGAGGAGGAGCUGCAACAGAUGCACCGACUAGAAGAGGAAGUGGAGGAACUCCGAGCCGCCGAAAAAGAGAAUUGCAGCUUGAGGGAGGCGAAUGCGCAGCUUCAAACAGAGCUCGACAAGCGUAAUGUGGCAGUCACUGAGGCUGUCCAGUUAAUCUGCCAGCUGGAAGCAAAGAUCGAGGAGCUAGAGUCUGGGGGACGAACAUCUCAGAUGUCCAUGAACCGGCUGGUACUUGAUGGUCCGCAAGCUACGACCCCGAAGGCUCAGACUGCCAUCCAAAUUCCCGAGAGGUCUUCGUCCAAACGAGGAUCCGCUACAAAGACUCGUUCAAUCCAACAGAGAUCCUCUGAAUUGCAUCAGAUCACUAAGGCUCCCUCAUUCUUACGAACCGACAAUCACAGCACUGCCACUCUGCGCAGUCUUUAUGCUCCAGAUAUCAAUCACUCAUGCACCGGUAUGAGUGAGCUCACCAAAUCCGAAAGUUUCCAUACCAUGAACAUGACGGAAGCUGGCUCGCCUAGACUCAGUGUACUUAGCGAGUGCAGUGAGCUCAACCCAUUCGACACACCGUCACGAUUCCAUGAAUUUGAUAAACUGGAUAUUCCAGUACGUAAAGCAUCGUCCACCACAGGCAGCUUGGAUAGCUAUAAUCCAGCAGAACGGGACGAGAAGGAGGACCAAAUAGGUCGUUGGAUGCAAUCGGGGCCGGAUAUGUCCCAGACCAUCAUCCGACGACGACAGAACCGGGCAAUGUCUGAUGCGUCGAAGGGCAGUGUACCCGCCUUUAUCGGCGAUCUGUAUUCAAGCAAGCCUCGUGGUCGUCCACGUCUCGACGCUGGGCUUUUUGGGGGCGCCCGACUCCCUCCAACCCCAGAUACAAUGAGUACCGCAUGUGCCCCAGUCAACAACGGGUCAAACGGUAGUAUUGCAGCCCAAAAGAGUCCCAAGGUAGAACGAGAAGCAUGGUUCGCAGGACCACCCAUUGACCGCCAUCGCUCUGCCGGUGAUCUCAUUACCAAACGCAGCUUCAAUGGCAGCGAAGUCUCAGAUAGUAUGCAGACAAACUGCAGCGAUACCCCUCGCCUCGGGGCUACAAAUGAUGGCUCCCCGACCUUCUUGCCUUUCAACUCCUUUAAUCAUGUGGCCUCUAAGGCCAGCGAAUUGCUCGGCCCUGGAAGUCCCAAUAACCCGGCUGUCAAAUCCUUCACUGAUCUUUGUCACCAAGAUGGCGGUGAUAAAGCCGCCCCUCUGACUAUCAAUCGCGGUCAUACUCCUACCAAGGUUAUGACACCAGAACCGGACCUUGUUGACAGAUGGAAUACACCCUCGCCGCCUUUAACGCCGACCGAUUGGGUUGCAGCUGCAAAACAAGCUCCUCGCUCCCGCAAACACCCUGACCUGCCGCGAAAUGUCAUCAGUCAAGCCGCCUUUCAUGACGAUCAUAGCGUUAUUUCCAAUAUAACUGAGCCUGACGGCCCGGGGAUCCCAACCCUGGAUAUGAAUAUCCUUGACAUUCUGGAACAGCCAUUUGCUGAAGUACCUAUUUCACCUCAAGUCCAGAAUGAACCUGAACCGGAGCCGCGUCGACGCUUCAGUUUCCGACCAGCGUUCUUCAAACGUUCUAAUACUGGCCAAAGCCCCCAAUCUUCACCCAUCGCCAAUGACUUUGCAGACGAGGAAGAUGACGGUGCCCCGUCUCCCAUAAUACCGAAAACCCGUAAUGCGGGUGGUGCUCGGCGACGCCCCGUGUCCCAAAUAAUAGUUCCUUCCACCGACCUCUAUUCGUCUAGCUUGCCUAUCACCAAAGUUGCUUUCGAUGAUAACUUCACCUCGAGACCUUCCAAUCAGUCCCUCGUGGAGACACGAGAAAAGCUCGCAUCUCUAGAAAACGGUGCUGCGACUAUCUCCGGACGACCUACGACAUCCCACAGCAUGGAAAACCACAAACGUCGCAGCUCGUUUGGCAUCUUUGGGUGGAUGAAGGGUGUAAGCGGAAAGCGCUCCGAGCCCGCAACUCCUGCUUUUCCAGACAAAUUUAACGAGCAGGAACCUCGCGCUCCAUCGCAUCUGGCACAAGACGAUCCUGCCCCUCGUUCAGCAACCCCAGACUCGAUCAUGGAUGCCUCUGUUGUCCGACCUCGCUCUCAGACAACAAUGCAUUCUGAGGAUCACGGUCGGCGCCCCAGAUACAUGGGUCGCCGAUCUCGUCGGCUAUAA